CUACGACGUCAUAGCAAAACAACUUUAAAUGAGGCAAUAUAUUAAUCGAAGUUAUAAUGGACACUCACCUCCAUAUUUUCAGAUCACUUCCAUCACCCACUCGGUGACGGGAUAUGAAUUUGGUGUCCAGACAUCAGUCGUCGUCGUCGUCGUUGCGUUCGUAUGGUGGUUGUGGAAAAUCGGAGGACGAGACCAGCACGGAUGAGGAGGCGAUAGUGGACGUCGAACGGCCGGACACGCCACCGCCGCCGCCACAACUGUCGCCGUCAGCCGCGGCCGACCACAGGCGACGCGUUUGYAUCAACGGUGGGAGGCCGGUGGCCGCUUCUGCGAUGGCCAGUGCGGCCGCACUCUCAGCAUGGCUGAAUCCGGCCACGUUUUGGCGGGACUCCGAUCAAUGGCGAAACGUACUGGUCAACUACUACCACAUGAACAGGAUAGCGGCCGCUCGGUCAGCAGGCAGGGGCCGUGGCGCCGUCRCCAGCUAUCGCCCGUCCACCGUACCGGCCAUCUGCGGCGUCGGACAAUCCGCCGGUCGGAAGUCGGCGACAGCCUGCUCGGCCGGACCGCAGCCCCUGUCGUUGCCGCCGACGACAACGUCMCAGUCUUCUUCAACGUCGUCUCGCCCAAAGAAACGGUACAUCUGCACGUACUGCCRGCGCGAGUUUAGCAAGUCGUACAAUCUGCUCAUACACGAGCGCACGCACACCGACGAACGGCCUUACCCGUGCGACGUUUGCGGCAAGGCUUUCCGCAGACAGGACCACUUGAGAGACCACAGGUAUGCACAGUGA